AUGAAUAUAUCAAGUAUGAAUAUAUCAAAUGUUUCUGAUACAAGACACGCGCUUACACGAACAGCAAUAGCUAUACAAUCUUCCGUGAUGUUUGUGCUAGUGCUUUCAUCAUUGAUAUGUAAUGGACUUGUUGCUAUAACAUUUUGUAAGAGUCGAGAUCUUCUCUCCACCACAUGUAACAAGUUUGUUCUAAAUAUGACUUUAAUCAACGUAUUUACAACCGUAAUGGUGUUGCCUUUUGUUGUCGCUACAAGCGUUUAUGACGACUGGGUAUUCAGACGCGCUUGGUGUCAAGUGAGUGGAUUUUUGUUGAUACUGCUGUCUUGCGCGUUGUUAUUAACAUUAGCUGCGCUCAGUUAUGAUCGAUAUUAUUUCAUUGUGAAACCACUGCGUCAUCCUAUACACAUGAGUUCAACAAGAGCGUACAUUAUGAUAGUUAUGAUUUGGUUAUUUUCUUUAUUCAUGGCAAUACUACCGCUCUUAGGCUGGGGAAAAUAUGGCUAUCAAAGAGCAAAGUUAUCAUGUACUGUGUUAUGGCAUUUGUAUAGCAGCGGUGGCUAUUCAAAAUUCUUCUGUGGUAUAUCAAUAUUUAUGCCGUUGUUAAUAAUCAUUGUAUCGUAUUUGUACAUAUUGCGCGCAGUUCAUAAACAAGUUCUUGGCGGUCGAUUAAGUCUGGGAAGUCUUAUUUCACCGAGUGAAUAUAUUCAGGCACAAAAUCAACGACGCGCAAUGGCGACGCGUGCUGAACAUUCCCGUACUAAAGCAUGGAAAACACUCGUGCUUCACGUUGGAACAAACUUAGUUUGCUGGGUUCCGUAUUCUGCAUGUAUCCUCAUUGAAAAUCUACGCAGACGCGCGGAUAUCAUUGCGUAUGAAGUUCAGACGUUAUCUGUAAUCCUAACGUUUUCCUCCGUACUCUGGUGUCCGAUUAUUUACGCAUUUCGCGUGAAAAUGGUACGACGGGAGAUAAAUACAAUAGUUCGACGAACUCUCAGGAUAGACCGCAACAGAGUAAGACCAUUCAAUCCUGACGAAUGUUCGUUUGUUAUAGAAACACCAGCAGCAUUUAGAAAUCGUUCAGCUUCUCAAGUAACUAUCAAAGGCUAUGAUGAUCUUUUAAGUACAGACAUUGACCAAUCAUGUACAUUGCCUUCUAUACCAGAACAUAACGAAAUACCUCAUGAUACUCAUAUUGUUAGAAACUAUGUGGAAUGUUCACAGCCUGAUACAGAGCUGACUGAUUUAAGAACCAGUUCAUUACCUGGACAGGUUGACUAA